AUGGAUCUGAUGAGGCUUGAGAUAUACACAUUUCCUUUAGGUGUACGCCUGGUGGAUGAUGAUGAUGAUGAUUUGUGUGUCUUGGUGGUUGGUGGUCUUAAUCCAAGAGCAAAAAAUACGGACACCAAAGAUCGGCUUAAAGAGGCAACCGCAAAAGUCACUCAAGCGAAAGAGGAAGCUGAGCAAAUACGAAAGAACUGCCAAGAAAUCAUAAAAACAUAUCAAGAGUCUGAAGAAAUUAAAUCAAAUGAAUUGGAUGUAAAACUCCGACUUACAAAAGGAGAGCGAAAACACUUGCAGGAGAAGUCUGACCAUCUAGAGGUACAUCAUGCCAAAAUAAAAGCUGAAGAUGUGAAGCGAACUUUUAAAGAGGGUAUGGAUGAGCUACGAACUCUAAGGACAAAGGUCAAGUGUCUAGAGGAUGAACGAUUGAGAACAGAAGAUGAAUUAUCAAAAUACAGAGAAAUUAUUAAUCGCCAGAAGGCUGAGAUUCAGAAUCUGCUGGACAAAGUGAAAACCAUAGAUCAGCUCCAGGAGCACCACCAGAGAGAUGAACAAGAGAUUAACUCCUUGAAGGAAGAAGUGGGCAGUCUCAACUCUCUGCUUACUGACUUCCAGAAGGACAUUGAUGGCAGCCGGAAAAGAGAAUCGGAGCUAUUGGUCUUCACUGAAAAGCUGAGUACUAAGAACGCCCAACUGCAGUCGGAAACCAACUCCCUACAAAUGCAAGUAGAUAAGAUCACCUACAGCGAGAGAGAGUCUCAGAAUCAGCUGGAACUAGUGAAGCAAGCAAGAGAUGAACUGGCAAGUAAAUUGCAGAAAGAAGAGGAACUUCACAGAAACAAUGUUCAAGCGUUGCAGGCUGAAUUAGCAUCUCAACAGAAAGCAUUAGCAGACCUCAACACUAAAGCAGAUGAAUUAAAAGAUGAGUUGGUUACGCAGAAGCGAAAGCAUGCUGCAAAUCUGAAAGACCUCACCAAGCAACUUCAGCAAGCACGAAGAAAAUUAGAUCAGCUUGAAAAUGGCAACUAUGAUAAAGAUGUCAGCAGUAUGGGGAGUCGUUCUAGCUCAUCAGGAUCGCUUAAUGCUCGAAGCAGUAAUGAAGAUCGCUCGCCAGAAAACAGUGGCUCUUCAGUAGCUGUGGAUCAUUUCCCUGAAGUGGACAAGACCAUCUUGAUUGAGAGAAUAGUAAGGUUACAGAAAGCCCAUGCUCGGAAAAAUGAGAAGAUGGAGUUCAUGGAGGAUCAUAUCAAACAGCUGGUUGAAGAAAUCAGGAAAAAAACCAAAAUAAUCCAGAGCUACAUUUUGAGGGAAGAAGCUGGCACAUUGUCAUCUGAGGCCUCUGAUUUCAAUAAAGUGCAUUUAAGUAGGCGUGGUGGGAUUAUGGCCUCUCUCUACACAUCUCACCCAGCAGACAGCGGGCUCACUUUGGAACUCUCUCUGGAGAUAAACAGGAAGCUCCAAGCAGUCCUGGAGGACACUUUAUUGAAGAAUAUUACCCUGAAGGAAAAUCUGCAAACACUAGGAACAGAAAUAGAACGGCUAAUUAAGCAGCAGCAUGAACUGGAACAGAGACUGAAGCAAACAUAGCUGAGAGCAAGACCAAGGAGUCAGAAAAGACAGGUGCUCCAUACCCUGUUGGUAUAUAACCUGGAUAUCCGCCAGUGUCUUCUGUCAAUCCCAUAAAGCUUUAAUAAAGCAAACUGGAGUAUGUUUAUGAGCGAGGUUUACAAGGCCCAAGGCCCAGCGCUUGCUUUGCCUGAAGUGAUGGAAAACUCUUGGUGAACUUUUCUGAACGCUAUGUGCAUCCAUAUUGCUUUUCACUGAAACAAGAUAUCCACAUGCACCAUUUUAUGCACUUAUAUUUAGAGAGAGAGAGAAAAAUAAUUCUGCUUUGUGCAACUACAGUACCCUGUUAAUGAAGAAGCUUGGUGGAAGGAAAGACUCUUGGGUUUUGCAGUUCUUGGGGGUGGGUAGUGAUGGAGAGGGUUGUCCAUUGGACAUAUUAAACUUAUUGCCCUCCAGAGGAUAUAUGUCUGGGGGAAACCAAACACUCACACACAUGCACUUCCUCUCUUGGAUUUAUUUAAAUUGGUUGAUUUUAUUUAUAACAUGCAUUGGAAAAGACUUUCAUAGUAGACUGUUCUCUAAGGACAUGGUACUGCAUAUUUUAUCAAUUGGAGACGAGAGAUUUUUUUUAAAAUCCCUGCUGACUUCUUGGAUAUGAAUUGGAUUAUUAUUAUUUUUUAAUUAAAGAGAAUAAUUGAAAGAGAAACUUCUGCAGCUAAUUGGUGUGAGCUGUUGAAACCAGGCUUUCACCUACAGAGAUUGCUAAUAAAAUACAGAGCUAUUUAUUAUUUGAACCCUUGCAAGGCUUUGUAAAUUUAAAUGGAAAUAGCAGUUGCAUGUGUGUGCUGUGGCAUAAACAUAUACUCUUGCUACUUUAUCGCCUGUCUCGUAUCUGCCCAUGUACUGGCAAGGCCAUACUUCUCCAUGGGUGGAAGAAGGAAAAGAGGUAUUUACUAGGGAACUUAAGUUGUCUAUACACUACAAAACUAUGGUAGUCUGCUACUAGAAAUGACUACAUACAAGCUUUCUUAAGAAUGGUGAGUGACAGCUUGUGACCCUCCAUGUCUUGUUGGACUCUUAACUUCCAUCCGUUCUAGUCAGCGUGGUGGGGGGCAAUGGGAUCUGCCCUGCAAUCUGGAGGGCCACAAGCCUGGCACAGAAUGAACAGAAAAAGCUACCCACUAUUGGCUGCUGAAAUGAUAGGCACCGCCAGGAGACAAUAAUGAACAGCUGCAUCUCUGCCAAAAAUAUGUAUGUGAGCUAUGCGAAUCCUAAAAUACAAAUUGCAAAGCAUUGGAAAUAACUGAGCACUUGAGUAGUCUUGCUGGUGGAUAGCAUGUACUUAGUAAAA